ACUGCGAGUCACUUCCUGUGGUCAUUGAAAGUCCUGUCAACACCGAAAACAAGCGAGUUACUUUAGAAAGCAUAAGAGAAGCGCGGAUCCAUGGGGGGUAAAAACAAACAGAGGACCAAAGGAAAUGUUCGGCCGUCGAGUAGCGGCAGAGCCGCUGAGGCACUGACCCGGGAGGGUGGCGUCAUCCCGGGGUUCGUGGGCUUUGACACGACGGUGACCUCGGAGCUGAGUUACGUCCCCGCGGUCCACGGAGCAGAGGAGAUCGACAACCUGGUGGAUCCCGAUUUCCGCCUGGUGCUCAGGAAACUCUCCAAGAGGGAUGUCGUCACCAGACUGAAGGCUGUGCAGGACUUUGGGUCCAUGUGUCAGGAGCGGGAUGCUGAAGAGGUUAAAGGCGUCCUGCCUUACUGGCCGAGGAUUUACUGCAAGAUAUCAGUGGAUCAUGACCGCCGGAUCAGGGAGGCCACACAACAGGCCUUUGAGCAGCUGGUGCUGAAAGUGCGCCGCAGCUUGGCGCCCUUCCUGAAGAGCUUGAUGGGCCACUGGAUUCUGUCCCAGUGUGACACUUACACACCUGCAGCCUCUACCGCCUGCCAGGCCUUCCAGGCUGCGUUCACACCUACAAAACAGCCCGAGGCUCUCGGCUUCUGCAAGGAUGAAAUCCUAAAUGUACUUCAAGAUAUUUUGUUAAAAGAAACAGCAGACACCCUGAGUGAUCCACAAAGUGUGACAGCAGAGGAGAGAGAAGCCAAAUAUGUGCGCAUGCAGACCUGUUCCCUGCUGGGAGUGAAGAGACUGCUCUCCCUGCUCGCUCAUGGCGACAGGGAGGCCCUGGAGCAAAGACUGGAUCAACUGGUGAAUUCUGCGAAGUUCUGGAAAUACAGCAAACACAAGACACCACAGGUUCGAGGGGCGUUUUUCGAGAUGGUGUGCGCUCUGUGCGAGUUCACUCCAGCGCUGAUCCAGGCUGAAGCAGCACGACUCUGCCCUGCCGUCCUCCUCAGUAUUGAUGACACUGAUCCUAUCGUGCUGCCUCCUGUGUGGGAAGCCGUUCUUCACGUCGUGUCUAAAGUCCCUGAUUGCUGGACACAUGUGAACGCCAAGAAAGGCUUCCUACCUAAACUAUGGACUCUCCUAAAAGAGGGAGGUAAAGGCAUGGCUAAAGCUCUCCACCCUAAUCUAAUGCCCCUCCUCAGCAAACUGCCUCCACAGGUCACCGAUCCAGCCCUGGACUUCUACACCACCUUCUUCACGUCCCUCACACAAGGCCUUUCAAGUGAGCGUGCAGCAGCAAGUCCAUCAGAAAGUGCCGUUAUAGUCAACUCUGUGGUUGAGUGCUUGAGGUACUGCAUACUGCAAAACACAGAAAAAAUGGAGGAUCAGAGAAAGAUACGGACCAUGCUCAUCUCACAGCAGCUGCUGCCUCUCCUCGAAAAGUCCCUCGGAAAUUCCUCCCUUCAGAAUGGUCCUCUCUUCCUUCUGGUCACUGAAAUGCUGGUUUCCUGGGAGAAGAGAGCAGGUUUACUUAGUGUUGGUGAAGCAAGUGACAGCGUCUUUGAAGAGCUUCUGGCUGACUUCUGGGAGGAGCUUGGUCUUCUCCUUGUCAGUUAUGUUGACAAUGAAGAAGCGGAUCCUCAGGCUUUGGAAGGGAUAGCCACUUUGCUGCAGGUGAUGCGCUACCCCUGGAGAGUAAACAGAAACCACAUCCAGAAGAAGAAAUCUGUCAAGAUCUGUUUACCUAAGCUAGAGGACAACGAGCAAACGGAGGUUGAGGGGGAUAAUGUUGAGAAGCCUGUGCAGACGGUGUCAGAGCUUGUGAAUGAGGAGACGUUUGGAUCCCUACAGACGCAGCGCUUCGAGGACGUGGUGUGCCAGCUGGCACAACUGUGCCUGGUGAAUGUGAAUGAGAAAAACUCAGAGAGGCAUCUUGUUUUUCUCUCCCUUCUCCUGCGGUCCUUCCACACACAGAGGGUCUUCAGUUCAUUGGGCGAGUUGGACGACAGCGUAACAAAGGGCGCUGAGCGGAGAGAUGAGCUCAAUGUGAAAAAUCCAGCAGUGCAGUUCCUGCUGCAGCGGGUGGUGGUGUGGCUGACUGAGAAGGGCCGCACCGACACCGAGCACCUGGUGGAGAUGGUUUUCAGCUCACUCUACUGCUGCAGCCGACAGGACACCACCCGUCUGCUCAACCACAUCACCAUGAUGGAUUUGCAGUGGAGAAUUAUCCUGCAAAUUAUACAGAGGGCCUGUGCAGAUCCUCAGGCUCUUGAAAGCUGUCGUGAUUGGCUGAAAGGUUCAGUUCUGGGCGAGCAGCUCCUGGGUUUGGCCGGGGAGCUGUGUCAGGUCGGACACUGCCCCCCCAGUUCUACAAGCAGCCAAAGUUGGACGCUCAUAAGCCUCGUCCUCUCUCAACAUCACAACAACGAGCCUCUGAUAGGGGAGGUAUACAUGGAGAAGAUAUUAGAGAAGCUGCACGCCACUCUUUCUGAGACCAAGAGUCUGUCGGAUGCAGGCAACAUGGAGCCACUCGUCUCCUUCAUCGGUGACGUUGCCUCCACGUUCUUCUCCUCUGUCAAAGACUGUCUUCUACUGCUCUCUGCUGAGGAACUGUUGCUCAGUAUCUUCCAACUCACUGCCCAGGAUCAAACACACACUCAGCUAUCUAACUUGCUUCUAGAUAAACUGAGGAAGGUUUGUGUUGCUGGGAUCCAGUCAUUGGUCCAAAACUCUGAUAGUGAGGGCAAGGAAGGUGGUUUCCUGCACAGUGCGGCUGUUUGGGUGAAAAACCAACUUCUCACCAUCUCCCUGGACAUCAACAGUUUGCAGGUUCUCAUUCAGGCUGUAGAGAGCCUAGUGGAGACAAUCAUCUCUGGCUGCAAUCAAGACUCCUCACUUCUCAUCCAGUUCUUUACUCUACUGAUGCCGAGCCAGACCGAAUGGACAAGAAUCAGACAGGCCUUACCUCCCCAGUGGAUCAAAACACCUUUACUGUCCAGCCGCCACAGAGGAGUUUGUGAAAAGCCCUCCAGGGACAUGUGGAAGUUUCAAUUGCCAAACAGGUUGCCAGCCCACCUUUGUGCCUGCGCCCUAUUGGGGAGGGUUGCCAGGAAUGUAGCAGCUGUAACUGUCGACCAAAAGGAGGCACAAUGUCGUUCACACCUUAAAGACACAGUUUCAGAACUGCUGCAUGCACUGCAGUGGUGUAAGGAGGUAGAGUACAGCCCCACUAUUGUAUCUGCCUAUCACAAGCUGCUGACUGACUGGGGGCUGUCAGACGGACUCAGCAGCCAGGUUCCAACGACACGCCUGCUGGAGACGUUCUACUCAAGGUCAGUGGAGGAUGGAGGAUUGUGGACUCUGACUCUAGAAAACUACAUCCACACCAACAACUUGGCGACCACUUGCAGUGCAACCAUUAGGGACCUUUACAAAUCUGUGGAAAGUUUAUUCCCAGUGUCUCAAAGCAAACUGAGCACAAUCCAGGUCCUCUGCCCCACAAUGACCGAUACAGACAAAGAUAUUCUCGUAACCCUGGCUACUGCUUCGAUUAUCAACUGGGAAGAGGAUGACAAUGUUUAUGGAAGUCUGGUGGUGCUGCUGUGCUGUCUAAAAGCCAACACAGAAAUGGAGGAGGAGGUUUUACAUGCAAUCCUGGCCACGAUGAUGGAGUGGAGGAACAGCAGGGAGGACUGGUUCCUCUUUGGCAGUGACCUGUCCAAAGCAUCUACCGAACAGUUGAACCUCACUGUGGAAAUGAUGCGUUACCUGUCCUGGCUCGUGGCUCAUUGUCCAACGGUUCUUGGCAGCACCCAGUGGGACUUCCUGCUCUGCUCCAUGCUAGCCUGGUUGGAGACUGCCAGCGAGAAUGUGAGGAGUCUGUGGAACCCAUGGGUGCAGCUGUUUGUGUGUGAGGUCGCUGCACUGAUAGUGAACCUGAACCAGUUCUUUGCAUCGUCCUCGCCCGACGCUCUGGAGAAGCUGCCGUCAGAGCUGGCGGGUGAAUGGAGAGACUUCUUUGUUGAAGGAAUCUACAACCUCCUCUUGCCUCUGCCUAUCAACAUUACAGAUGCCUUUAAGGAACCGGAUGAUCCUGUGUUCCCGUAUGCGGUGCUGCAGUCAGUGGGUAUGGCUCUUACCUAUGUGCCUGUGCAGCAGCUAAAUCAGAACUCCCUUCCACCGCAGUUCAUAGCCGACCAGAAGACGAACCUGCCAGAGCCCUUGCAGACGCUCCUCAACACACUGUGUCCUCUGCUGCUGUUUAAGGCCAGACCUCUGCAGAUCACCGUCUACCACCUUUUGGACAAAGUAAUGCCUCAGCUGCCUGAGUGUGAUGGAGAAGGAGACAAUAACAAGUCUGAUGAUGACAGAGACGAGCCAUGUCUUUCUCCCCCAGCUGCCCUGAUGGCGCUCCUGUUCACCUGCGAGGAGCUGUGUGACAGUAUCCUGGCGGGGGUUCAAGUCGGAGAGUUUGCAGUGGUGCAGCCUCUCAGUGUUGAACACUCGUGCAUUCUGGGAUACCUGUUGGCCUGGAAGCUGCUCCUCACUUUUUUCAAAUCCUCACCUUCUCACCUGCGUGCCCAUUACGCCCAAUAUCUGAAGAGAAGCAGCUCCCUAAACAAGCUCCUCCUCCACCUCUUCAAACUGAUGCCUGAGAACCCUCUGCACCCCGGCCAGGGGGCAGACACCAAGGAGACCAAAACCUUCUUCACAGAGAGCCUGUCUCUGGCUGUUGAGAACAGUGACAGUGUUCAGUGGGAGCUCCCUCACCUGGCUUGCAGCGUGUACUACAGCACGGUGCAGGACUUGCCUGCCAUGGUGCGGCUGUGUUGGAACAGCCAGGAGAAGAGAGUGAGCGCUGCUGUGGAGAAAUUCACCAUCAGAUAUGUCACUCCCGUUCUCUCCGCUGAGGAGAUCUCGUCUGUCCACUCCAGCACUCAGAUGUUUGACAGCAUGACUGUUAAAGCCCGCUCCGCAGCGCGGGAGGUGAUUGCUACCUAUUCUGUGGAUGACAUCUUCAUAGAGUUGGUGAUUCAGCUGCCACAGAACUACCCUCUGGGCUGUAUCACGGUGGAGAGUGGGAGGCGUGUUGGUGUUGCCGUACAGCAGUGGAGGAACUGGAUGCUGCAGCUGAGCACGUACCUCACACAUCAGAACGGCAGUAUAAUGGAGGGCCUGGCUCUGUGGAAGAACAACGUGGACAAACGUUUUGAGGGAAUAGAGGAUUGCAUGAUCUGCUUCUCUGUUAUCCACGGCACCAACUACUCGCUGCCCAAGAAGGCUUGUCGAACCUGCAAAAAGAAAUUCCACUCAGCCUGUUUGUACAAAUGGUUCACCUCCAGCAACAAGUCCACCUGCCCACUCUGCAGAGAAACCUUCUUCUAACUCACACGUCUGCUGCCACUUCUCCAUCCACCAGGUCUGGGAGGACUGAUUACAUGCAGAGGAUUUCUAAGAAACUCUACAUUAAGGUCGACUUUAUAACAUGGGUAGAAUUUCUCUCAUGGAGAUUUCUUCGACUGAAAUGAUCAGUGUUUGGUACCGAAAGUGUUUACAGUAAAAUCCAGGAAUAAUGACAUUUUGCUGACUUUAAUGUCCAUAUUCAGUAGUUUAGGUGAAAUUACAAUAGUUUGUAUAUUCCAGUACAUCACUAUAUUGUAUAUAUGCAGCAGCAGUAGUUCUCCUGCUGAUGUUUUUAUGUUGAUAUUUUUUUCAAUAAUUUUCCUGGUCUUAAUUUUUAUCUUUAGUAGAAGAGGCUGAAUCACAGAGCUAGGGAAACCAAAACUGGUUAAAAAUGGAUGUUCUUAAGUAAAACAAUGUUCCUAAUUCCUAAUAUUUAGGAGUAUAAAGAGGUGCUGUCUGAUUAGCGACAUCCUUCGUGACUUGGUACGAUCACGCAUUAAAAGCAGGAAGGAGAACUUCUUUAGAUUGAUUUUCAAAGUGGAUUUUCUCCCAAAUAUCAAACUGAUGAAACAUGUCAUCUCCUGUGCCUGCAUACAGCUGUAAAUUAUACUGGAGAGUAAAUAAAACAUAACUUGAUGGUUA